GUUGCGCUCUCUGUCGCAGCAAAGCCGGAAAACUGGUCCGCCCGGAAGCAAGAGAUGGCUGACUUGUCCCUCGUGUGCGCGGCAUCGCUCCCACUCACUCUGCUCGCGGCCUACGCGCUACAACCACUGGCCGACGCGCGCCGACGCCUCCCGCCCGGCCCCAGGCCACUCCCGCUCCUCGGUAACCUCCUCGACAUCGGCGAGCACCCUCACCGUUCCUUCGCCAGCCUCGCCGACAUCCACGGCCCGCUCAUGUUCGUCCGCCUCGGCACUGUCCCAGCCGUCGUGGCCACCUCGCCGGAGGCCGCCCGCGAGGUCCUGCAGAAAAAGAACGCCAGCAUGGCCGCUCGCCGUGGCCUGGACGCCUGGCGCGUCAUGGACCACGACGCCAACUCCAUGGUCGCGCUCCCGCCGCGCGGCAAGUGGCGCGCCUUCAGGCAGCACUCCAGGGCCGCGCUCCUCGGCCCCCGGCCGCUCGACGAGCACCGGGCGGUGCGGGAGGAGGAGGCGCGCGAGCUGGUGCGGCGCUUGUCCGCGGCCGGAGGCGCCCCGGUCGAUGUGGCUCGCGAGGCGUUCGUGGCCAUGGUGAACGUGCUGUGCCGCGGGAUGUUCUCGGAGAAGCUAGAUCCGGCCGUGGUGUCGGAGCUGACGGACGUGGCGGAAGAGGCGGCCGUGCUGUCCGGCCUGCCCAACGUGUCUGAUUUCUUCCCGGCGCUCGCGGCCCUCGACCUGCAGGGUAUCCGGCGCAAGGCGGGGAAGGUGCUCGCGUGGCUGUAUACGCUCAUCGACGAGCAGAUCGAGCGGCGGAAGCUCAGCCGGGCGGACGGCGAUGCGCGCAGGAACGAUCUGUUGGAUGUGUUGCUUGACAUGGACGGCGACGUGCGAGACGAGGACGGAUGGGUGAUGAACCAGGAGUCCAUCCGAGGUCUAUUGAUGGAAUUACUCCUAGGCGCAACAUCAGUCCCCACCACAAUCGAGUGGGCGAUGUCGGAGCUAUUGCAAAACCCUCCCGCUAUACACAAACUCCAAGCGGAGCUCAGGAACGUCCUCGGCACCCGACCAUGCGCAUGGAUGGAGGAGUCCGACACCGGCAGCCUCCCAUAUCUCCAAGCCGUCGUCAAAGAAACACUACGGCUCCAUCCCCCGGUGCCAUUCGCCACUGGGCUAGCCGAGGAGGCGGUGGAGAUAGAAGGCUACAACGUCCCUAAGGGCACGACUGCCCUGGUGAACAUCUGGGGGAUAUGCAGAAAUGCCAAGGUAUGGGAUGAGCCCAACAGGUUCUUGCCGGAAAGGUUCCUGCAUAGGGAGAUAGAGUUCUUCGGUGCAGAUUUUGAGCUGAUCGCAUUCAGCGCCGGGAAGCGGAUCUGUCCUGGGCUGCAGCUCUCGAGUAAGAUGGUGCCACUUAUACUCGGCUCAAUGCUCUAUCACUUUGAUUGGACAUUGCCGGGAGAAGAAGAUGCUGCUCCUGUAGAUAUGACAGAGCAGUUUGGACUGGUGUUGUCCAUGGCUGUCCCGCUACGCGUUGUACCUAAGAAAAUAUUGUAAGGCCGGUCACAGUGAGAGUAUCAUAUAAAGUAUAAUGCCCGCCAACUAAGUAGUUCAGAUGAGGUGACAUAAAAUUGAAUGAAGAAAGAAGGAUUGAGUAUCAUAAUAUGACACCAUAUCAUAUUAAACAAUGUGCCACUAUUUGUCAUGCAUAACAAUAAAUAAGUUUACCUACAAUAUCAUUCUAUGAUACUAUGUAGUAUGGAGAUAGUAUCAUGAACUUGUAUCAUACAAUACCCCACUACGACCAGCAUGUUACAGUGUUGUGCA